UCCGGCAGAACGAGAGCGCUUCGUUGUUUAGUUGCCGGAAGUUGUGAAAAUGGAGAGCGCUAGAUGUGAACCAGCGACUUACGGUUGCUAGAAAGUGGGGCCGAAAGGUAGUGUCUGAAGUGUGUUUGCCAUAUUGCAGUGGGGCGCUGGAUAAGAAUUCCCGAAGGAGAUGUCUCAAGGCUGUGGCGGCAGUGAAGACGGGGAUCCACCGGGUCGAACGGCUCCUGUACCGAUCGAGGGCAUCUCCUACAUCACGGCCCAGGAGCUGCGCUGUGUACUGAGCUGGUUCCACGGCUGGGGGGCGACACAGCGUCAGAGGUUUCUUGAAGACUUGGUGUCAAAAGCAGUUCCCGGAAAACUGUGCGCCCUCCUCGGGGAAUUGUCGCUAUUGCAGGUGCAGGACAAAGCCCCCAGCAUUUUUGAGUGCCAGUUGCGUCUGUGGAACCAGUGGUUUGAGAGCUGGAGUGAAGAUGAACGGAAUAGGUUUGUCCGACUGCUGGAAGAGAGUGAGCCAACGUUUGUGGCGCAGUUUUAUCAAGAGAUAGCCAACACAGCAGGCAAGGACUAAACUGAAUCAAGAAUCUGUGUGGGAGAAGCACUUUUUUUUUUUUUUUUUAUAUAUAAUUAAGUAAAACUAAUAAAAGCAUUAAAUAUGUCCUCUUGUUUGUG